GAAUUUUCUUGCACGAGAGGGAGAACAUCUAUUUUAAUGAUUUUUCCGACUCUCGCAGAGCAGCAUAUAGUCAUCUCGUGCACCGCGUGGAAUUGUACCAUACGUUGCCAUUGCGGCUGGGAAAGUAGAGAUCAUUUUCCACCGACCGGUCGGGUUCAGUCGAGGACACGUCGUGGUACGGUGCAGUUCGAACGGAUCCGUACGGCAGAUUGGGACAAACACUAAUCAUUAAAAAAAAAGAAAAAAGAUCCACUUCGUGUGCCGGGAAGGAUUAUAUUAGGCAAAUAGCUAAGAGUGAAAGAGUGCGAGUAAACGUGUGCGAGAGGCGGCACACUAGAGAAAAUAGAACUCGUGUGGACAUCCAAUCCUUAAGCCGGCCGUAACAAUGUCGGGUGAAGUGAGUGAACCCAUUAAGAAGUGUUCGCUGAUCCUGAAGAAUGCCAAGAGUGACACGGAAAAAUUUGCCGCCUUGUUCAUGGUGACCAAACUGAUCAAGGGGAAGGACUGCAACCCUGCCGGCAAGCGGUUGCUGUUCGAAUCGAUCGGUUUCGAGUUUCUGCGCAAACUGCUCACCAGCAAGGACGUGCCGGAUGAUUGUCCCGCCUCCGUGUACCAGAGCGUGGCACUGUCGAUUUUGAGCUGCUUCUGCGAGGAUGAACAGCUCGCCACACACCAGGACAUGCUCGACAGCAUACCGGUAUUCCUCGGGAUCGUGUCGACGUGCGAUGACGAAGAGUACGACGACAACCUGAUUGUCAUUAACGAGGCGUACCACUGCCUGCAGAGCAUCUCGCUGUACGAGAGUGGCCGAGUGGCACUACGACGUCACGACAUCAUCACUAAGAUGGCGCAGAUCUACACGCAACGCAGCUUCCAGAUCGACGAAGCAUUGACGCUGAUCGUGACGCUUGUUGCGCGGUUCGGUGCGAACUCGUGGGAUAGCGAUCCGAAGCUGUUCCAUGCGCUGUUGCAGCGCGUGUCGCUCGAUUUCGAAACGGACCACGCGGAGCGUAAAUUCGAGCUAGCGGAGAUGAUCAGCGCGCUGCUGUUUCACUGCCGGCGUGAUCUCAUUGCACGCACGGUGCAGGGCGAAAUUUGGCCCGAGUGUCUGUACAAGGGCAUUAGCGACAUCUUGAAAAGCAAGAUCGGUAAAGCACAGCGUGACCCAGCCCUGAAGCUGGCGGCCAACGCGGUGGACGUGCUCGGCAUCGAAUGGACGCUGCACGAUGCGGAAAAUCCGAAAAAGUUCUUCCUGCUGCUGUUGCAGUUGGCCGCGAUUGAGGUGCGGAUGCAGAUGGACAACAAGAGCUUUAACCAAUGCAUGCAGCAGGCCGACCUGAUUACCGCCUGCUUCAUCAUUCUCGAGCUGUCGAUCAACUUUAUGUCGACCGAUCAGCUCGAUCUGGACCAGAAGGACAAGCAACAGGUGUACACCGGACUGAAGGGAGCCUUCACCGCCGUGCUGGGCGUGCUGGUGAAAUUGGCCAACGACACUAAAAAGGAUCGGCUGCAGAAGACAGAGAAAGCGUUCACGUAUGCUAUGGUGCGCGUACUGACCGCCUGGCUCGCACAAGAAACAACCGCUAUGAAGAACCAAGUCUCGAAGGUUCUGCCGUUCCUGUUCAAACUGGCCAACGAGUCGUUCUACGAGUCGCGGGACUACCGCGUCGCCCACAAGACCGACAACGUGGAUGAUCACGAGGAGCAACCACCAGCGGACGUGCUUCGUGUGAUGCUACCCGCCAUUUGCCACCUCGUAGUUGAGGACGAAGCUCGGCAGAUCUUCCUCAAAGAAAAGGAAGAGCAGGUCCUGUACGAUUGUCUGCUGUUUCACUGGUCGAUCGCGCACUACAAGAAACCACCGGUUCCGCGUGCCGAACGCCUAAAGCGCAUGAACGAACCGGAUCCAGAACUAACGCCCCAGCAGCUGGACGACAUGAAAGACUCGCGGACAGCGAUCGUAAGCCUGUGCAACAUCCUGAUGAACAUCACCGUGCUCGAGGCCAAGCUGGUCGAGGAGAGCGCCCUGUUCGCGCAGCUGCUGCGCUUCAUCUUCGAGCAUCUGCCGGAGCUGAAGGACACUCCAGACAACCUCGUGAUGCACGGGCAUUUGGCCGUGCUCGGGUUGCUGCUGCUCAAGCAGCAGUCCUCGAAGAUCAAGAAGAACGACUUCUCGAUCUGUCGCUACAUCCAGACCACGAUUCGGUUCCUCUGGGACGCGUACAACAUCGACGAAUCGAACGACCCGCAGGCGCUGGUCGUGUCGCUGCAGUACAAGGAGCAUUGGUUCGAAAUCAUGGAGCUGUGGUUCCUGGGCAUGCAGACGAUGAGCGGCAUUAUCAAGCUGAUACCGUGGAUCUCCGAGUUUGCGAUCGAGAGCGGUUGGGCCGAGGGUAUCGUUGACACGCUGCGGAAGGUAAAGAUCGGCACGCUGCCCCCGAACGUGAAGCUAGCCUAUGAGGACUUCCUGUCGCAGCUCGUCGAUGCCAACGCGGCCGUGGCGGACGUGCUCAAGAAGGCGGACGCCCUGAAGGUGUGCCGCAACCAUCGGAUGAUGGACCUGGGCAAGAAACUGUUUGGCGACUAAGGCAUUAGGCGACGGGACAGUAGCGCGUGGCUUGCUGUGUGGAGUUUUACAUUCUAAAUUAAUCAUUUUCUCAUAGACCGAUCUUCAUGCUGUACAACACACCGAUCAAUCUGCAUUCGUUCGGUGUCCGUGUAUCUGCUGCAUUUUAAUUGUAUCGUCCAUUUAUCCAUUUAUCGCAUGUCUCAAUCGCUCCUUGCCCCAUAUAUCUAUUGAUACUGUAUGUGAAAAACAAAAAAUGUUGAGGAAGA